AUGGCAAAAGCCAUGGAAGCCACCGCAAGGUCUUCUUCAUCACUCCACGUCGUCGUGUUCCCAUGGCUCGCGUUCGGCCAUAUGAUCCCCUACCUCGAGCUCUCGGAGCAGCUGGCGAGGCGCGGGCACGCCGUCACCUUCGUGUCCGCGCCGAGGAACCUCGCCAGGCUGAGGCCCGUCCCGGAGGACCUCCGGCCCCGCGUCCGCCUCCUCCCCCUGCCCCUGCCCAGCGUCGACGGCCUUCCUUACGGCGCCGAGUCGACGGCCGACGUCCCGCCGGAGAAGGUCGACCUCCUCAAGGUGGCUUUCGACGGCCUCGCCGCCCCUUUCGCCGGAUUUCUUGCCGGAGCCUGCGCCGGCGGGGAGGGUGCGACGGGAUUCGGCAAGAAGCCCGAUUGGAUCUUCGUUGACUUCACACACCACUGGCUCCCGCCCAUUGCUGAGCAGCACAAGGUACCGUGCGCGUUGUUCUCCAUCUUCCCGGCAGCGUUCAUCGCCUUCCUCGGCCCCAAGACGGUGAACGACGAGCACCCGCGGAGGACGGCGGAGGACUUCACGGACCAGCCGCCGUGGAUCCCGUUCCCAACCCACAUCGUCCACCGUCUCCACGAGGCCAAGCAGUUCGUCCAGCUGCAUUUACGCCCCAACGCCGCCGGCCCGUCCGACUGCUGCCGCUUCUGGGAGACGGAGCAGCACUGCCCGCUCGUCAUCGUGCGCAGCUGCCGCGAGGUCGACGGCCCGCUCUGCCCCCUCCUCACUGACCUCUUCGGCAAGCCUGUGGCCCCGUCCGGCCUCCUCGCUCCAUACGACGCCGCCCAAGAAGCUGUUGCCGACCGUGCCGGCGGCGGCGAGGAUGAGGACAAGGCGAGCGCGAGUCUCAUGCGCUGGCUGGACGAGCAGCCGGCGAGGUCCGUGAUCUACGUCGCGUUCGGGAGCGAGGCACCGCUGACCCCCGAGCAGGUCCGCCAGCUCGCAGUCGGGCUGGAGCUGUCGGGCGCUCGGUUUCUCUGGGCGCUGCGGGAACCGAGCGGCCUCCUGAUCCCCGACGGGUUCGAGGAGCGCGUGUCCGGGCGCGGCCUCGUGCGCGUGGGGUGGGUGCCGCAGGUGCGCGUCCUCGCGCACGGCGCCGUGGGUGCGUUCCUGACGCACACUGGGUGGAGCUCGCUCAUGGAGAGCUUCCUGUUCGGCCACCCGCUCGUGAUGCUACCUCUGUUCGCCGACCAAUGCGUCACGGCGCGAGCCAUGGCGGCGAGGGCGGUCGGCCUGGAGGUGCCCAGGGACGAGCGCGACGGGUCGUUCGCCGGGGUCGACGUUGCCAGGACGGUGCGGCGGGUGAUGGCGGAGGGCGAGGAAGGGAAGGCGCUCGCCCGCAAUGCCAGGGCGUUCCAAGAGAUUCUCUGCAACAGGGCGAAGCAGGACAAGUACGUCGACGAGCUAGUUGAGCACUUGCUCCGACUGCAAUAG